AUGCGCCCCAACGGCACUGCUGCCCAUGCCGAGCGCUCCGGCGUCAUCAAGUUCACCAACUGCCUGCUGGUCAAAGGCAAAGAACUCGUCAACGACGACCUCUGGGUAAGCUCGGCGACCGGCAAGAUCUUGAACGGGCAAGAGAUACUCUACGGCCAGCGCACAGCUCCAGAUAGCAUCGUCGACCUGGGCGGUCGCAUCCUGUCCCCCGGCCUCAUGGAUGUGCAACUCAACGGCGCCUUUGGCUUCGACUUCUCCCUCAUCCCGGAGGACGGCGCCGCGGGCUACAGCAAGGGGGUGCAGCGAGUGAACAGGAACCUCAUCCUUAGAGGCGUCACAUCCUACCUGCCCACGGUUACCUCGCAGCGGCCCGACGUCUAUCACACGGCAGUUCCCUACCUGGGCCCCUCAGGUGCUUCCCGAGACCCCUCCCUAGGCUCCGAGUCUCUCGGCGCCCACAUCGAAGGGCCCUUCAUCAAUCCGGCUAAGAAUGGCAUCCACAAGAUUGAAGUUCUGCAGACAGCACCAAACGGCAUCUCCGACAUGCUGACCUGCUACGGCGCCUCAAACCUCGCAUCGCCGCCCGUCAAGCUCCUGACGCUCGCCCCCGAACUCCCCGGCGCGCUAUCCUGCAUCCAGUCCCUCAGAGAACGCGGCAUCAUCGUAUCUAUCGGCCACUCAGACGCUACCUACGAAGAAGCAAAGCUCGGCAUUAAAGCCGGCGCGACCAAGAUAACUCAUCUCUUCAACGCGAUGAAGCCCCUGCACCACCGCAACCCAGGCAUCUUCGGCCUGCUCGGCACCGAAUCCUCCUCCAUCUCUAAGCCGUACUUCGGCAUCAUAUCCGACGGUAUCCACAUCCACCCGACCUCCAUCAAGAUCGCCUGGAACGCGCACCCCGACGGCCUUAUCCUCAUCACCGACGCCAUGCGGCUGGCCGGUAUGCCCGACGGGACCUACGACUGGACAAACGGGUCGCGCAUCAUCAAAAAGGGCCACUUGCUCACGCUUGAAGAGAAUGGGAAGAUUGCAGGCAGCAGCAUCGAGCUCAUCGACUGCGUGAACAACUUCCUAAACUGGACGCGCGCGAGUGUGCCCGAGGCGCUGAAAGCGGUUACGGAAACGCCGGCGAAGAUGCUGGGCAUGGAAGAUGUGAAGGGAACGUUGAAAGAGGGGGCUGAUGCGGAUUUGGUGGUGCUGGAUUUUCAAGUUGGUGAGGUUGGCGCGGAGAAGAAGUUAGUGGUUGAUCAGGUGUGGAAGUUUGGCGUCAAGGUUUUCGACAGGGAAUAG